UGAAGCAUGGAGUUACCAUAAUUAGCUCUUGCUUAGUUAUUCUUGCGUUCAUCCUAUUUGAGAGCCUUGAGGAGGAACCAUAUCUUUAAGAAAGAUGAUACAGAUUCAUCCAACUCAUAUGUAACAGCUAAGCCCUUAAUAGCAGAAGAUUUGGGGCAGAAUUCAACAUUUUUGAUUGCUUAAAUUUCUGAAUGAAAAGUUCUGCCCACAAUCUAUGGCUCUCACGGCUAAUUUACCUUCUGCCUGCUCUGUACCGUUUUAAUUCACUUCAAUGCCUCUCCACCUGUCGCAUGUUCGAUGAAAUGCCGCUCUGGGAUCGCGAUACUUACUCCCUCAACACACUCCUCUCUUCUCACGUCCGCGCCGGCAACCCUACCUCUGCUCUCCUCCUCUUCCAAAAAAUGCGCGUUUUUGGUGUUCCCCUCGAUUCCUACUCGUUUCCUCCUGUUCUCUCCGCUUCUUCUACUGCUUCUCCUUCCCUUGGCCGACAAUUGCACGCCCUAAUGGCGAAGGCAGGGUGCCUCUCCUCGCCAAUCACUGCCACCGCUCUUCUCGACAUGUACUCUAACAUCAGCCUGAUUGAUGAUGCCCUUUUUGUGUUCGAAGAAAUGCGUACAAAAGACGUCGUCGCAUGGAAUGCUCUUCUAUCAUCCCUUGUUAUACAUAACCUCGCUGUUAAAGCUGUAGAUGCCUUUCGAUCUAUGUUGGGCAGUGGGGUUUCCUUCACUGGAUUCACAUUGUGCUCGCUGUUGAAGGCCUUUGCAGCUUUGCGAACUCUCAGGCUGGGCAGACAGAUUCAUGCUUGGGUAGUUAUCACCGGCUAUGAUUCCCUUGUAAUGGCUACCACGCUUAUAGAUUUCUAUUCGAGCUGUGCGCAGGUUCAUAUGGCUAUUGGGGUCUUCAAUAAAGUGGGAUGCCCCAAAGAUUCAGCAAUUCACAAUGCUGUGGCCAAUGCUUGUGUUAAAAAUGGCUGCUUUCAAGAGGUUUUUGCUUUGCUGGGGGAGAUGAGACCGCUCAAUGAGGUAUUACUCACUUCUGCUCUGAGUGCUUGUGCCGAGUCUUUGAAUUUAUUAUACGGGAGGGAGAUACACUGUGUUAUCUUUCGUCAUGGAUUUGUUUUUGAUACCAUUCUAUUUAAUGCACUCAUGAACAUGUAUGCAAAGUGUGGAAACUUAAAGGCUGCACAUUUAUUAUUCGAUUGUGUUGGAGAGCGAAAUGUGAUAUCUUGGACAAGUAUUAUUGAUGCUUAUGGUAUCCAUGGUAGAGGUGUUGAAGCCUUAAGAUUGUUUAAGAGGAUGGAGGAGGAGAAAGCUUCUAGCAAUGUUUCUCCAAAUUCUGUGACAUUUCUCUCAGUUCUAUCUGCUUGUAGCCAUUCUGGUCUUGUAGAUGAAGCUAAGGAAUUCUUCUUUUUGAUGAAAGAGAAGCAUGGUUUUGCUCCGAGUUCGGCACAUUAUGCUUGUUUGAUAGAUCUUUUAGGGCGGGCAGGCAGGGUUGAAGAAGCUUGGGAUUUGUUUUGUAGUUUGAAUAGAUCACAUAACAAACUUACAAGUCCAGUUUGUGUGGCAAUGCUGAAUGCAUGUAGAGUUAGCAUGGAUUUCAUGAGAGGAGAGGUUGUUGCUAUGCAUCUACUCGAGUUGGAUCCAGAUAAUCCUAGUAGCUAUGUACAGGUUUCAAAUUUUUAUGGAGCUUUUGGGAGGUGGGAGGGAGUUCAGGAGUUGAGAAAGAUUAUGAUUAACAAAGGGCUCAAAAAGGAGCUGGGUAGCAGUCAAGUUGCUGCCUAGAAUUUAGAUCAAAUGUUGUUCCACAGUUGUAGAACAAAAUUAAUCUGUUUUUAGUCUGUUAAGAGCCAAUGAGAUUAUAUUCUUAGUUCUUAUGAUAUAUUUUUUUUAUUUU